CCCCUGUGGACGAACCAUCCCACUGCACUUCUCGCCUUCCUUCUCCUUUGCCGUAUUCUUUUUCUCUCCACACCUCUCUCUCUCUCAUCACUCUCAUCUCCAUUGCUGGUCGAAGCUCGGCCGGUCGGUCUGCUGUUCCACAGCAGGAGGAAAAGGACAGAAGAAGAAGGAGAGUGAGAGAGAGAAAAGAUGGGAGGUUGUGCCAGCAUUCCCAAAGCAGAUAACGCCGAGCCUUUGGCGGCGGAACCCGAGGUCGCAGAUCCGGCGGCAGCUCCCACCGAAGCUGCCGCAGCAGCAGACGUCCAGGUUGAAGGAGAAACCCCCAAGGAAAACCACGAGGCACCAGCGGCGGAGGCACCGGAGACCAAGCCGGCGGCCGAAGCUCCAAAAUUCGAUGCGGCUGUCGUAGACGCACCUGCCGAGAAGGCUGAAGCCGCCGUCGAGAAGGCCGGGGCCAAGGUCGCAGACGAGCCACCUGCUGAGAAGGCAGAGAAAGCGGUUGAGCACAAGGAUGAGGAAGCAGCCAAGGAAGAGAAGAAGGAGGAGGUCAAGCCAUGAGAGGGAUCCAUAAUCACUAUGUUGCUGGGAAAGAAGAUGAAGAAGAAGAAAAAAAAAAAGUUGAUAAUUAUGUGAUGUGUUGAGAACUUGUGUCUAUGCAGCUUGGUCGAUUGUCGAAGAUUUAAUUUUUUUUUUUUAAGUUGUUGGUGAUAUGAAGUUCUUGUGGAUGAAUCCUACAUUCUCAGCAUUGUUUUUGUGUUACAUCCAUCGUUGAAAAACAAAAAAGAAGUACGUAAUAUUCUGAAUUUAGUGAAUAAUUAAUUCGUUUUGAGCGAAUAAUUUGCUUU